GUAUCUUUUGAUAAUAGAAAAAACAACAAAUCAGACAGAAUGCUUUUUCUUGCUAUCUUCGCUGUUAUUGCAGCCUCUGCUAUAGCUGACCCUGAGACUCAGAGCUACUCCUACUCCCCUCCUGCGGGGUCAGGGAGUGGCUCUCCAUUCAGUAUAAUUGGGGAGGGAAGAAUCACAGCUGUACGAGUGUGGGAGUCGUCCUACAUACGAGGCUUCCAGUUCCGCUACGGCUUCACCUGGUCUUCAGUUUCGGGUACGACAUCCAGCCAGCUACAGGAGAGGGAAUUGUCUGGCGGGGAAGCCAUCAUUCAGAUUUCUGGGAUGUACAGUCACUACGUGCAGUCAGUGGUGUUCGUAACUAGCAAGGGCCGCCAUUUUGAAGCAGGCCAGCCCUCAGGCACUUCCUUCAACAUGUAUCCCAGCCACAAGGGUGCCGAGCUGGUCCUCAUCAGUGGCACUACCCAUGGAGGAAUCACCUCCAUCGCAGCACUCUGGGGUCGAGUUGAUACAUCUGCUACUCACACUGAGCACUGAGAAGUAGAGCUUGCCUGAGGAGAUGCUACCAUUUAACCAACAACUUGGCCAAACCUAUGUAUGAAAAUUAU